CGCCAUCUUCCAGUAAUCUGCAAAGAUGACCAACACAAGAGGAAAAAGGCGGGGAACCCGUUAUAUGUUCUCCAGACCCUUCCGCAAACAUGGCGUGGUACCUCUGUCAACGUACAUGCGUAUCUACAAGAAGGGUGAUAUUGUGGACAUAAAGGGUAUGGGCACAAUCCAAAAAGGUAUGCCCCACAAAUGUUACCACGGCAAGACUGGCAGAGUUUACAAUGUUACACAGCACGCUGUGGGAAUUAUUGUGAACAAGCAGAUCAAGGGCCGGAUCCUUGCCAAGAGAAUCAACGUCCGCGUUGAGCACAUUCGCCACUCUAAGAGCAGAGACAGCUUCCUGCAGCGCGUGAAGGAGAAUGAGAGGAAGAAAAAGGAGGCCAAGGAGAAGGGAAUAUGGGUGGAGCUUAAACGCCAGCCUGCCCAGCCCAGAGAAGCUCAUUUCGUUACGACUGGUGGUGUAGAGCCUCAGCUGCUUGAGCCUAUCCCAUACGAGUUCAUGGCAUAAAUGCUAUUAAAAAUAUUUCUUUUGGAAACUGA